UGCAUCAUUCCGCCGAGUGAAUAAGUGAAUACAAUCAGAAAUUAUUAAAGUAUUAGGACCUGAAGGAAACAUAUUUUGUUUUUCUUGUGCAUCAAGCAACUGUCUUUAAACUUUUUAAAACUCUGCCGGUCUAUGCAGUGGAGAUUACGUACACCGUUUUUCAAACUGGGUGGAUUAUCUUCCCAACAUAGACGAGCUUUGUUGGCACUUUUUGCUCUGACGCGGUCCUCUGGCUGGCCGAUUGUCAGGGAAGAAGACUCGCAUCUCUUCUGCUGGAUAAAAUGUCCCCGGAGCAGAAAGGCUGAUGAGUUCCUGUAUCCAGUGUCUAACAUGGAUGGUGCACCUGAGCCAGAGUAAACCAGUUUGACUGUCUAUCAUUUGUACACCGUUCUCAGACUUGAUGACAGGAGAUGAGACACUGCAGCCGUAGACCACAUCAUGAAUAUCCAGAGUCUGGGAGGAGCUAUAGGCGACUCCCUGGGCUCUAGCCUGACGGUGCGUAUGAGCGGAGCAGGUGGCGGGUGGAGUGCUCUCUCCCUGAAGCCUGUUUCCUCUGGUCGGAUUGCCUCUCUGUUCCAGACCAUGGUCCCCACUGGUUAUACCAAGCUACAGGAAGAGCGGCUAGCCAUGGUGGACCUCGGAGCUAAGCCAGAGGCCGGCUCGCUCCAGAAUGGCUACAGACAAGAGGCAUCACACACAGAAGGCCGGCGGCUCCUGGAUCGGGCCUCUCGGUCCUCUGUGACUUUAUCUGACUGCGGAGAUGGAGGCUACUCUGAAACAGAGCCCAUGCUGGCUGAGAGGAGACUCUCUGGGGAGGAGGCAGAUGUGGAGGAGGAAGAGGGUGAGGAAGAAGGGCUGGUAUCUGAUGUGCAAAAUAUGCCCAAGGAGUCGCCGCUGGCCAUGGCGCUUCAGAUCUUGGUGCCUUUCCUGCUCGCUGGAUUUGGAACCGUAUCAGCUGGUAUGGUGCUGGAUAUUGUGCAGCACUGGGAGGCAUUUCAGUACAUCACAGAGAUCUUCAUCCUGGUUCCUGCUCUGCUCGGCCUCAAAGGCAACCUGGAGAUGACUCUGGCCUCAAGGCUGUCAACAGCGGUCAAUGUGGGCAAGAUGGAUUCUCCAAUAGAGAAGUGGAAUCUAAUUAUAGGCAACCUGGCACUGAAGCAGGUUCAGGCCACUGUGGUGGGUUUCCUGGCUGCCGUAGCUGCCGUGGUUCUUGGUUGGAUCCCAGAGGGGAAGUUCCAGAUGAGCCAUGCUGUGCUGCUGUGCUCCAGCAGCGUGGCCACGGCCUUCAUAGCCUCCCUGCUGCAGGGUAUUAUCAUGGUUGGUGUAAUUGUGGGUUCGAAGAAGACGGGCAUCAACCCGGACAACGUAGCCACACCCAUCGCUGCCAGUUUUGGUGACCUCAUAACCUUGGCAAUCCUGGCCUGGAUAAGCCAAGGCCUCUACAAGUGCCUGGAUUCCUACUCCUACGUGUCAUCACUGGUUUGCGCCUUCUUCAUGUGUCUGACUCCUCUGUGGAUCGUCAUCUCCUCCAAGCACCCAGCCAGCCGCACCCUGCUUUACUCCGGAUGGGAGCCAGUCAUCACUGCCAUGGUCAUCAGCAGCAUCGGAGGGCUCAUCCUGGACAAAACAGUGUCUGACCCAAAUCUGGCCGGCAUUGUCGUGUACACCCCGGUUAUCAACGGAAUCGGGGGCAACCUGGUGGCCAUUCAGUCGAGCAGGAUCUCCACCCACCUGCAUUUCCACUGUGCUCCUGGGGAGGUUCCUGACGAGGCCAAGGGCUGCUACUACCCCUGCCGUACAUUCUGUGGUACAGGAGCCAAUCAUCGCUCUGCUCAGGUGCUCCUCCUUUUAGUGAUCCCCGGCCACCUGAUCUUCCUCUACACCAUCCAUCUGAUGAAGAGCGGACACACCACCCUGACGCCCAUCUUUAUGUCCGUCUACCUGGCUGCUGCCAUGCUGCAGGUGUUGCUGUUGUUGUCUAUAGCAGACUGGAUGGUGCACUCCAUGUGGCGCAGUGGCAAGGAUCCAGACAGUUUCUCCAUCCCUUACCUGACAGCUCUGGGUGACCUGUUGGGCACCGCCCUGCUGGCACUCAGCUUCCACUUCCUGUGGGUCAUAGGAGACCAGGACAGCGACGUGGGCGACUGAGACAGCCUCUGAUAAUAAGGCGUUGGCAGAGACGGGAAACCUGCUGUUUGCCAUCCGAAUUCUCACGCCCUUAAGCCUUGUGGGAAUGUGGGUGCUCUCUGUCACUGACCAGCACAUUCCUCCGCUUCACUUCGCUUCAACCACAUGAUGGUUUGAAAACUAUUUUCUGCUCCUGGCUUUUUUUUUUUGUACAAACAAAAGACAUUAUAUUCCAUAAAUUUAGACUGUUCUCAGCACAGAUUUUGAUCUGCAUAGUUUGCACCAAAGCACUUGCAUAUCGUAUUGCUGGUCUUAUUAAGAGGAGCAGGAAAACACCAACCACCACCCACAAUGCUGAGGAAACCUUGCUGGUAUUGGCAAGGUGGUCUACUCUGCAGCCGAGCAUCUGUCAGAGGACUUCUGCUUACAAAAAAGUCUCUUUGACAGGUAGAUAUUUUAGUGAUUUACCACCCGCCAUGCCCCAAAAUCUGUUACCUGCCUUGUGUAUUACUGCUUUGCUUCAUCAAGUCAGUGGAGGGACUCAGAUACUGCCGGGGUGGAGGCAAGUCCACGGUCAGCUCACGAACGCACACUUUGAACUGCUGUGACGGCAGGUCUACCAGCACCAAACCACCACUUAAAAGGGAGUAACAUGAAUUUGCAUUGAUGGUACGAGAAGUGGAAAUUUCAUCCAUUGUCCACCUGUUUUUGUUUUUCAGUUUUUGAGUCCAAACUCAGUAUGUGCACAGUACAGUUAUAAUUUUCCUAGUUUAGUAUUUUGAGUUAUCGCACAGUGUUCUCUGCAAGGAUAAGACUGGAACAUUCAUCCCGUCUGCAAGUCAGCAAUCUAUGGACGUACAUACACACUUUUUUUUUCUAUUUCCAUUUCCUAGCCUGCCUCGUGAAUUCCAGUCUUGUGAACCGAUACUGUAACAUUUUGAAUUGAGACGAGGCAAAUGAUUUUAUACCAAGAUUCAGUUUAGCAAACUAUGCUUACGUAGGAACAUGAAAGAAAUACAAAAAGGUGACAAAAUAAAAUUAAUCAAUAAAGUUCAAGUUAAUUUAGUUCAACUUCAAAAGAAUCUUCAUGGCCCAACAGCAAAGUACCUUAAUGCCAGUUUUUGGUCCUGUUCGCUAAACCCCUCCCCCGAAGAGCGACUGUCCAGGCAUGACAGGUUUGUACAGCAAGCUUUGGGGCGGUGUGCAUGGGGCUGCAUCAUGGUGGCACAUUUGCUAUGUUGGAAUGUUUGGAUGAGCGUGCUUUUCUUCUGUUACCGAUCCAAAACCACAGGAGCAGAAGUGUAGGGAAUGGAUUAACAUGUGUUCAUGGGCUCUAACGUGAGUGUGGAAGCUGCUCCUGGAUUCCAUCAGAGUUCAGAGGCAGCUAUGUGCUGCUCUUUAUUGAUGAAAGGUUACAGUCCAGAGACCUCAACUUUACCCAGGAAGCCAUUCCUUUUUAGUCCUCGCCCUAAAACCCUCUUUCAGACAAUAGCAGCUCCUCAUUUCGUACAGGCGCCCGUUCAUGUUGCUGACUGACAUGACGGCUGUUGCUGAGUUUUAGCUAGCGAGCUAACUGAGCUGACAUUAGCAGCAUCUGUAGCUGACUUGCCAAUAUUCCUAUUCUGACAUGCAGCUGGUGGUUAAAAGCUUGAGGCCAAAGCUGCCGGUCCCUGUCAACAAGUUAAUGAUUGAUGUGAAAGAGAUGUAGCAUUAAUUGGAGAAACAGACUGGUCUUGUACUGCAGUGUAGAGGUAAUUAGUUUUAGUCUUAUUGGUAUGUUAAAGGACAUUAAUCUGGUUUUGCUGCUUAGCUUGUUCAUGUUUUCAAACAGUAGAAAUGAGGAGAUGCUUUUGUCUGCUACUGUCUGAAAUCAAGGAUGCAUUGUUACACUAUAACAUAACAUAAUCAUUAUAAGCUGCGUGCGGCUGUGUGAGAACAGGAAGCCUGACAGGCGUAGCAGGAACAAAGGGUAGCAGCGUUCAGUGAACGGUCAUUUAUUGAGUUGGAUCAACCAAUCGGCAGAGAUGUUUACUUCAUGUCCACAUUCAUAGCCUCCUGUAAACGUUAACUGACUCUCAUGUAAAACAAACCAUGAAAGCCUUUGUAUAUUAUGUCGACCUGCAUUCCCUCUCCUUCAUUUCCUCUGCUUGUUUGUCCUGCCUGUUUUCCUCCGUGGGGGUCCGGUUGUGGGGUUACAGUGGUGGAUGUUUAGUCACAUGCCGUUUACAGUGCAUGUAUGCACGGUACCAACAGGCAUGCAUGCACUUAUUCAACAGUUUCCAUCUCAGCACAGUGAUUUUCUGCUCGUGUUAAACUAAUCGAACAAUCAGUGUAUACAUAACCUGAUUAAAUGCCAGAUUCUGCUGUUUCAUUCACUUUUUCUGAAUAUGCCAUGUGUUUAAAAGGUCAGAGAACAUUGAUCCAGAUGAAGCGCUGCAAUUAGUAACCAAAUCCCUCUCACCCCAGGAGAAAUAAGAUUUGGGAAAUCCACCUUGGUUAAAAAUGAACUCCUAAACCAAACCUGCUCCUUCAUGUGAUCAUUGAGCAGCAUGUAGUGCGCAUGUGGACGUAGCCAGUGGCUCUCUUCAACUCCAAUAUGUGCCUCUCGAGAUUCACUGGUUAACAAGGUAUUUUUCUCCGCCAUGCCAUGAAUGCAAUUUUCUCUCUACAGCAUUUUAAUACCGUGCAAUGAUUUCUUUUUGUACUCGCUUUCAGUUCUACGACAACGACUUGUAUUUUUUGAAGAGUUUCAUUCCAAGACGAAAUAUCUGCCAUUUUAAUCACAGGCAUGAAACUACUUGGAGAUAUCAAAGUUGUCAGAAUGGCAUGAAUUUGGUUCAAAGUGGACAUAUUUCCUUUUGGUAUGAAACCCUGUGUUUACUUUUGCGGCUCACGUGGGCCGAAAAUGUCGAAAUAAAUGUCUUUCAA